AUGUCGAGUUGUUUUUUGUGUAAACGAUCAUGGUCUGCGAAAAAAACAGACGUUAGCUUUCAUCGACUACCAGCAGAUGAACCACGUAAAAGUGAGUGGAUACAAUUUUUUGAAGAUAGUGUUGCUGAUACCAAAAAAAUUAAGCCUCUAACCUCCAUAAUAUGCUCUGAACAUUUCAAUUCGGACUGUUUAAAGAAUUAUGUUAGAAGUAAACUUUUAAAAGAAGAUGCCGUACCUUCUUUCGUGGUAAAACGUUUAAAAUAUGCUAAAAUUACUGUUCCUGAGGUGAAAGUGUCUAUUUCUGAUACAUCAACAUCUACUUGUCUAGAAGGUAUUGAAUUGGAAGGUUUUGGAAAACAUCCUGACCUACCUUGUGAUGAACCGAGUUCACCAUCAGAUAGUUUUAAUCUAAAAAGACCAUCUGAAAAAUCGGUAGAUGUUAUGGUUCAAGCGUCAGUUUCAGAAAGUUAUGAUACGCCAAGAAGAACCUUUCUGAAACGUUCUGUGUCAUCGCUAAUUGAUAUGUGUAAUGCUAAGAAUAAGAAAAUGAAAGUACUAAAACAGCGUUUAAGGAGACAAAAAAAAACAACUGUUUCUUUAAAAAAUGUUAUCAAUACAUUAAAAUCCAAGUUAUUGAUUGACCAAAAGCAGGCACAUUUAUUAGAUUCACAUUUUGGCGUACACAUUUGUUCGUAG